AUGAGUACGUAAAUAAUGUCAUCACAAGAUAUGGCCACGGUUGCUGUUGGUGUUGGUGUUGGGCUUGUUGUCGGUUGGUUUCUACGUGGUAGACUCAGAUCUUUAUCUACUAUUGCAAGAAGAACAGCGGGAAGUCCAGAGAUAGACUUAACGGAUAAUUCACCUAGUUUAUCAGAUGAUGGAGAGUAUAAAAUGGUGAUUAUUGUUCGAACAGACCUUAAAAUGGGCAAAGGAAAAGCAGCUGCUCAGUGUGCCCAUGGAGCCCUUGGAGCUGCAGAGAAAGCCAUGAUGAAGGAUAAGGACACAUUGUUUGCCUGGAAGGCUUGUGGUCAGCCGAAAGUCGUGGUCAAGACAGACACAGAACAAUCAUUAAUUGAGUUACAAAAGACGGCUCAGGGAAGCGGGCUGAUAUGCAGUUUGAUCCGAGAUGCUGGUCGUACACAGAUAGCCAGUGGCUCUCGGACAGUGCUUGCAGUGGGGCCUGGUCCAGCUAGGCUCAUAGAUACAGUUACAGGACACUUGAAACUAUACUGACGAUAGUUCAACCAUUCUAACCACCUCUUAAAUGAUCCAUAUGACUGUGAUACUACCUAUACUUGAAUGUGCGAGAUGGAGUCAGUAAACAUGGCUGCAUUUAAUUAACUCCAAGAGUGGGCUUUAUAAUGUUUCUUAAAUAUUUGCACUUUAAGCAAUACUUUGAACUCAUACUUGAUAAAAAAACAAGAUUAAGUGAAGAAAAUUGGGGUGACUAUAAAAUUUGGAAGGAGAUUGCUAUAAUGAAAUUUAGAGUCUUCAGGCAAUACAUGUAACUUGAGAUGAUUAUGCUGUGUGAAAACGCCCAAGAAGUGCUCUGAUUACAUUGUGUCGGAGCUGCUCCUGGAGAAACACUGGCACAGAAAGACUGUCAAUAGUUGGUGGUUGUAUUGCCUUACUUGACCUGAUGUAGUCCAUUUGUGGAAUAUUUUGUAUUUCAAUGUAUGAAGUGAAUGGGCAGUGAGUGAGGUGCCUUGUAAAUUAAAAAUGUAUUUUGUUAUAAAAUAAAUUUAUCACUGUAUGAACAUUGAUUUAAGGUAGCUAAUAAUGAUCAUUUGAUGCUCAGCAUUGCUAUAUGUACAUGCUUUUAAAUGGAGUUUUACACAUUAUUAUGGUGUAACAUUUCAUUUCAAAUACUGGAAAUGAUUGAGCUCUAUGUAUAUUCAGUAUUUCCAUAUUACUACAUGUUCAUUGUUAAGGUAUACAAAUUAAGGAAAAUGUCAACAAGAAUCGAAAUAAAAUAAUUAUUAUUUAUUAAAGAUCAUUAUCUGUUUCUUCUUACUUGCAUUCGUGAUAACUUUAUUCCUGAUAAUUAUGUGUUAUGUAUAUUUGGAGCUGUGUGGAUUUGCAGAUGGAAACUCUAUAAAGAAAUGAACAUGA